AUGCAGUCCCCUGAUGUCCGCACUUUGAGAAGUGAUUCCAGUUCGUUUUCUGUUAAAGCUGCUGUGUCUGGGAUGAAAUGUCUGCUCCCGCUCAGAUUGACAAGCACUUUCGACUCCGUUCCGGACGUUUCCUCCGCGGCGCCAGCUUUCAAUCAAACAACUUUUGAACCUGAGGAUUCUCCCAAGAAGAUAUCGCCAAGAUCAAAGAAGCUAUCCCAUCGGGGACUAUAUUUUCCUCAGAUACCGCUGGUUAUCCGUCCGGAGCAAUAUCGGGAUACUCCAGUGUAUACGGACGCUGGAUCUCCAAUACCAGGACAAGCAUAUUAUCCUCAAUUCGACUUCUGGCGAAAGUUCUCUUCGUCCAUUUCUUCAUCAGACGAAGACGAGUGUGUCAGCGAGUGUUCUAGUCCGAAUACUCUUGCUUCUGACCCCGAAUACCAAGACUGUGUUCAUAUGAGCAUUACAAAGCCGAAAGAGGUUCAAUGCUUUGAACAAUCGCCAACUUCGGGACAGACUGGAUCGUGCCGCAAUUCUGACAUGUCUUUUAAGUGUCUGGGGGACGACCAAUUUGUACAUGAGCCAAACGAGAUUAUCGAUUCGUUUGACGAAAAAAGUCUGUUCGACUCGAGGUGUCUUCCUGAUAUUUUAGCAGAUAACAUGCCACCAAACUAUGUUGGCCGUGGAUGGAUUGCGGAACCCAUUCGUGAAAACAUCAUCGAGGAAGAUGAAUCUGACAUAACAACACCGCCAAUGACGCCUAAAACGAAAUCUUUACCUGUUCACGAGCCAAUCCCAAAUUCUCCACUCACAAUUCCGCCUAGGUCUUCGUCAUUCAUCCAGACUCGAACGAGGCCAAGCUUGUAUCCGCUCGACAUUGAUGCUCAACCAGAGCGUAAGUUAUCCCAAGAAGAUGUCUUCGCAAAAGAGACAGGCCAUGAAAGGUACCAAGAUAGCUUUGAUGACUCGUAUUCAUUACCGGAGGAAGAAUACAGCACAUCUGCAAGCACAAGUUCAAAAGAGGUGGAACCGCCCAUAGACGAUCAAGCACUCAAAUAUCGAGUUGGCACCGCCCGAGUCCAAUCACUUUUUGGACACCAUAACCACAAUCCUGUGACCGGCUCGCUGGUUCGCAGUCACGGUGAUACUGCUCUUACAGUCGUCGAAGAUUUGGUUAGAUACUUUCCCUUCCAUCCAUCAAUCGAUUUCGGAAGCCAUAUCUCAACCGUCCGCACACAACUCCACCUCAUCUCCGCUCAACAAAAUAAAUACGGUCCCGGCGCCGCCUCAUCCCCACAAGAGCGUCAACCUCCCGACAAGAAAUGGUCUCGAGCACGUCGCCUCACAGCCAGCAUCUCCUCCCUGACGAAAAGCACAACGGACACCACACCCUCAACUCCGACAUUCCCCUCCCUCUCAGACUCCCCGAUCUACGACCCAACCGCUCAUAUUGACAUCACCCCCCUCCAACGCAUCUUCCCCUCCUCAGCCCCAACCGUGAUCCAACCGCUUUACGCCUAUCUCCUCGGCUACAUCCUCAUCCUCGAAAUCCGAACCAUCACGCGACUCAAUCAGCGCACGCGUUCACUCGUCAAAGCCACGCGUAUGCUCGGUGUCCCGCUCCUCCCUGACAAACCGCCUACUGCGAAUGAUCAUAUCGAUCAACUUGUAUUCGCGAAACGCGUCGACGCGGUGAUUGCGAGCUUGCAGAAUAGUAUCUAUUGUCUGGUUACGGCUAUGGAGCCGGAUGCCGGGAAUAGGAAUGGUGCGAGAGGGUUUAUAGACGGGUGUUUUGGAAGGUGUCUUUUGGAGUUGGUUGAAGGAUGUGAGGACAGGGUGGGGUUGGUGGGAAAGUGUAAUAGUGCUAUUUAA